AUGACGUUGCUGCACUUUAGAGGAAGGCGUCAAGCCGAGACCAGCCGCGCAAGCACCGAGAUAAACUCUGAAAACCGCUCGCACUCUUCAACUGGUGGUGCUUUGAAUCCAAGCGAGGCGAACACAGAGCACGACGAGGUGAUGGCGGAGCUUCACGACCUUCUGGUUCGUGAGCUGACCGAUUGCGGUCUCAUUGACUUGUUUACGUCGCAAAGCUUGCCUCAGUAUGCAUCAGAAAAGGAUACCCUGACCGAUGCAGGGUCAGAGAAGCAGCACAAAGCGACCGAGCUGGGAAACGGCGCCUCGGGCGGCGUGUUUCAACACUGGACCGGACCCUCGCGGCCUGCACCAGCUGACUUGUUAACCGUAGAGUCGCCACACGGUCGCACGGAGGAGCCAAGCGGUAACCGCGGGUCCUUUCAGCGGGACGUACCGCCACUCGAGGACCAAAAUGAGCCCAUUUCCAGGGCUAUGCAGCGCAUCCGAGCUGCACUGCGACGCUGGAAACCGCUCCACGGCGAGGUCGACCUCGAGACCCUCGAGCGCCUCAAGAACUCGAUCGUUGAGCGCUCUGCCUGGUUUUUACGCGAGCAGGCAGAACAACGAGCCCGCUGGAAGGCAAUGCGUCAAAACCCUGCCUAUGUCGUUGAAGACUUUACAGCGAACCAGCGAACCUUCUUCUCAUGGAUUCGGACCAGUUUCCGUAUGGUCCUUACGGGAGCAGCCAUUGGAAAGCUCUUGCACGGAACCAGCGUCAUUAUUCUCGGGGUACUGUAUGCUGCCCUUGGCCUAAUCUGCAUUGCAGCGGGCACGAUGCAUUUUUACCAUUGGCAGCGAACAUUGUACAAUCAUCGAUAUUUGCGGGAUUCGCGUCCUUUCAUCGUGGUGUUCCUGGGAAUCACUGCGACCAGUGUCGUCGCUCUAAUGGCUUGUUGGAAAUAG